AUGGGCAACGCAUGCCGUGUGAGUGGAGGAGCCUUCCAUCCUGCCAUAUGCACAAAAGCUCGUGAUGGCGCUGCCAACGGUUUGGACGGCUAUUAUGGCAACCGGUCCAUGUCAUCAUUCCCACGCGACAUGGCUGCUUCGUUCGAUCUCGUUGGUGUCAGACACAUCAAAGAAGCUUACCGUACGGAGCACACCUCGGAGUACUACUACAUUGUAUUCCGGCUCUUCCGCACAAACUCACCAUUUCUGCUGCACGACGCCUCUCGGAUGCACAGCGGUAAUCUCCCAGAAGAUGGCUUGCCCUGCCCGACCCCGGCCCUGGCCCUGGCCCUGGCCCCCGUCGCGGCUUGCAAACAGGAUUCCAUGUUCCCAAUUUGGAUCCCUCUUGGCGUCAGGCACUGCCAUCUGUUCGGAUAG